AGCCCGAUAUCGUUAACUCUGUCUAUCUCUCCGCCCAUUUCUGUUUGUUCCGCUUGGCUUGGUUCGGAUUGCACACGAUAAGAAAACACACACAUACACACAUGUGUCAUCAUCGAUCGCAAUGGCAACCCGUCGUGGAUGGGAUUGAUUGAUAGUUCAUACAUAGCUCCAUCUUCAUAUGGGGCCAUAGCCUCAGCAAUAGCAGCUGCAACAGCAUAUGCUGUUUCUAAACCUUCCAACUUAUUAUUCGCCCAAUUUCUCCAUCACCACCGAUAGGAAUAUCCCUUCAUCCAUUCCAGAUAAAUCCUCUUUGAUUCCUUUCCAAUUCGCCCAAAUAAAACCCCCAAUUUGUCUACUCACUAGUUACUACUCGCCACCAUCAUGCCAACAUAUUCGCUCUCGUUACACCCUUCUCUUUCUCUUCCAUCCUCCUCUGCAUCUUCUUCCUCAUCUUGUUCUUCCAUUGUUACUACUUCAAGAAUUUCAUGUUUCAAUGCCUUUGAAACAAAACCCAUCUGCUUUAGCCCCUUCAAGAAUCGGUCUUUUCAUUAUAAACGACAAACAAGAACACCGAUUGUAGUUUCUUCAGCUAAUAAAGGUACAAUUGAAGAGUUGAGAAAAGAUGACGAAGAGGGUCCUCCUUCUCAGGUUGAAUCGGAGAUUAGUUCUAAACCUAGGCGUAUUGCUCUCUUUGUUGAGCCCUCUCCGUUUGCGUAUGUUUCAGGGUACAAGAAUCGAUUCCAAAACUUCAUUAGAUAUCUCCGUGAAAUGGGGGAUGAGGUGAUGGUUGUAACUACUCAUGAAGGGGUGCCUCAAGAGUUCUAUGGAGCCAAAUUGGUUGGCUCUAAAAGCUUCCCUUGCCCGUGGUAUCAAAAUGUGCCACUUUCUCUUGCAUUGAGCCCAAGAAUAAUCAAUGAGGUUAAACAAUUUAAACCGGAUAUCAUCCACGCAUCCUCCCCGGGUAUUAUGGUUUUUGGUGCACUUAUUAUUGCCAAAAUGUUGUGUGUUCCUAUUGUGAUGUCUUAUCAUACACAUGUACCCGUUUACAUACCAAGAUACACUUUUAGCUGGCUUGUCAAACCAAUGUGGUUGAUUAUAAAGUUUCUUCAUAGGGCAGCGGAUCUCACGUUAGUGCCAUCGGCUGCUAUAGCAAAGGAUCUUCGACAAGCAAGAGUAACAGCCGCUAAUAAAAUCCGUCUUUGGAAUAAGGGCGUUGACUCAGAAAGCUUCCAUCCUAAGUUUCGUUGCCAUGAAAUGCGAGUUAGACUAACAAAUGGCGAACCUCAUCGCCCAUUAAUAGUACAUGUUGGACGCCUUGGUGUCGAGAAGAGCUUAGAUUUCCUUAAAAGUGUCAUGGAAAAGAUCCCGGAAGCAAGGAUAGCUUUCAUUGGAGAUGGUCCAUUUAGGGAGGAAUUGGAGAAGAUAUUCAUAGGGUUACCAGUAGUAUUCACAGGGAUGUUACAAGGUGAAGAGUUAUCUCAAGCAUAUGCAAGUGGUGAUGUGUUCAUAAUGCCUUCAGAAUCAGAAACCCUAGGGUUUGUUGUCCUUGAAGCCAUGUCAUCCGGGCUGCCCGUGGUAGCUGCCCGAGCUGGGGGUAUUCCUGACAUUAUACCCGAAGAUCAGGAGGGCAAAACCGGGUACCUUUACACCCCUGGAGAUCUUGAAGAUUGUUUAAACAAAGUGAUUCCACUUUUGCAUGAUGCUAAGUUACGGGAAGAUAUCGGGCAGGCUGCCCGAAUGGAAAUGGAGAAGUUUGAUUGGCGGGCAGCUACAAAAGUGAUUCGGAAUCAACAGUAUAAUGCUGCAAUAUGGUUUUGGAGGAAGAAGAGAGCACACCUUUUGAAACCUGUUCAAUGGCUGAUGAAGAUUUUUUUCUCAAUUCAAAUGCAACAUAAGUUAAUGGCUGGUGAUUUGUGAUUGUGAUUGGGAUUUACUGAUUUAAUUUUUUUUUAACUGUGAUUAAGUAUAUUAUAAUUAUAUGAUAUAGUUUGUAGGAGGUAAAUUGUUAUAUAUAUUGGA